AUGCAACGUCGUCGUGAGUUGACGGCAUUCGAACGCGGCAUGGUUGAGGGUACCCGACGCAUGGGACAUUCCAUUUUGGAAAUGGCUCAGGAAUUUGGCUUCCCAAGGUCAACCGUGUCGAGAGUUUACCGAGAAUGGGUGAAUGAGGGUGUCACAAUCCACAACAGACAUCAUAUCGGGCGUCCACAGGCCCUAAAUGACCUAGACGGGCGAAACCUGAGACGAGUGGUAACUCGAGAUAGGAGAGAUAAUGUGCAACAAAUCACGGCUGAAUUCAAUACUGGCCGUGAUAGAGACGUGUCCCAGUGGACAAUCCGUCGGAACAUACGUGUUCUAAGGAUAUGA